ACCAUGCUGAAGAGCGAAGCUGCUUAGCGGCGAGGAGACACUCGCUGCGACUCACGAGUUUAGUUGCUAAAUUUAAUAGUAAAAUGGCUCGGAUGACAGAAGCUAAACGCCGAGGUACACCUUAGAGGAUUGUGAGUUAAUCUCACGAGGUUUACUGUCGCUUAACCAUGACGCCUAGAAAGGAGCUUACUCGCACGUUGUCUGGUGUCGUACUAAUGAUGGUAGCGUUGGUCGCGGUUGACUAUGUCAACGCCACCGACGCCGGCGACGAAGCAUGCGGAUAUAUAUCUUCACAUAAAAAGCUAGAGAUCAGAGGAACGUGGGGAGCAAAACCGGCGCUGCACAUCAGACAGAAUGUCAAGGGUAAUAUUGAGUUUAAGACAUCAGAGGAUCCACAGAGCACCAAUCUUUUGAUGCAGGCCGAUUGGAAAGUCCCUGAUCGAGAGAACUUGGAUGGGAUUUUCAUGAACUCCACAGAAGUUAUCACACCUAUGGGAAAAGUGAUUGUGGUGCAGUUGGACAUCAUACCAAAAGUUAUCCAGCCACAAGUGUCUGGCAUGGUAUAUGGCAUCGUUGGAGCAUGUAUCGUCGUUGUCAUUUUGAUAGCUCUCGCCAUCUGGUGCAUACGCCGCAAGACCCAGCAAGGGGAGCUGAAGGUAGAGGAAGUGGAAGAGGAAGACGAAGGUUACAGGGAAGAUGACACUCCGGGGAGCCAAGUCUACCCACCACAUACACCUGUGCAGCAUUCACCACGGGAGGGACGUGUGUUGGGUAGAAGAGCAGUGCAACAUCAGUAUCAAGUUGUCAGGUCACAGAGUGAAGAAAUCUCUGUAGACAGCCCUGAUCUUGGAGAGCCAAACAUUGAGAGGGAGUUCGUAAGGCCACCAGGAGAAUCAUAUCCAAGGUCAGCAAGUAGGCAAAGGUCGUUAGGUCAGAGGUCAAGUUCACUUCCAGAAAGAGAUCCUGGAGCUCCAGGAGACUGGCUGGAAAAUAACUCUGGACCUAAUAUUACCAUGAUUCCUGGGGUUGAGCCUGUCCUCUGGGAACCUCUCAGCAAUGAUGACAGAAUCGAAGAAGAAGAAUGGUGUGACCUUGACCUUUGUGAUGGCAUCCACACAGAUGACAGCAUUUCCACAAGAAGUUCCCAAAGGGAGAUUGAGGUUGAGGCUGAAGAAAUUCCUGUUGAACCACCAGGCUAUGAUGAGUCCCAGCUCAAACGAACAGUCCCAGAUCGUCCAGCACAAGUGCCGAUUGAAAAAGUGGUGCCUGUGCAGCAGCCAGAAGGCGGCGUUAUCACAGUAUUUCAUGUGCAGUCCGAAUACAAUGGACAGUUUCAAGAAUCCAGCCAGGGCAAGGAUGCUGACUCAGACAUUCAGGCUAUUGAUGGAGAGAAAAACAAAGGAAAGAAAGUAUUAUCAGUUAAACCAUACAACAUGCACAAAGGAAAUCAGGAUGGAAUCGGAGAAAUUGGUCCAAAGUCGAGAAGAAAAAGUAGUCCCAACGACCCAUGGUUGACCACUGAUGGUGAAAGGGCUCCACGUGGAGAACAUUCUAAUGCAACUGGCUACCACCCAGAUGAAGAAGAAGAAGAAGAAGAAGAUCUUUGUACAAGAGAUUUAUGUGAUGGUAUUCACUCCAGCAAUGAGUCUGUGUGUAGCAGUGAAAAACAUCAGCCUCUCCACAGCACCCCUAAGCCAAAGAUUCCGCCCACCCUCUUGUCCCAUAAAGAUGAUGCUCACACUUACUAUUUAGACCAACGAGAUCCUCCGCUGAUAUCUCCCGAGCCUAUAGUCCCUGAGUACGAGGAAAAGCUCCGGAGCACUGUAGGUCCAGGUUUCUCAUGGUCAGCAAACUUAAAAGAUUCCGUUUUCAAGUCCCAGAAUUCUGACCGAGUUGGCCUGUCAUCGAAGUUCCCAAAUCCUGUCCAUGUUGAGAAAGUGACUGUUCUGGAUGCAAAGCUGUCAGGUGACCGUGUGAGCUUGACCGGCACACCCAAAGCUGCCAGAGUUCCCAAAGUUGACCAAGGUCAAGUGACUUGGACUCCAGUCAGUCAACAAAGAAUGAGACCCAUGGUGGUGGAAUGUACUGAUGGUUUAUGUGAUGGGAUUCAUACAAGUGAUGAGGAUCUGUCGGAGUCCUCAAGCUCAGUCCAUCAAGGCUCAAGACAGAGAGCUGCAUCCAAGUCAUCUCAUCAAAGUUCAAAUCAAAGGUCAGGGUCAAGGUCAGAUGAGUCAUGGCCAGAUCCCCCAGACAGUGUCCAGUCAGAGGCCAAAAUUGAGAAGGAGCUCGAUUCUGGUGCUUUGGACUUACCGCCCCCUCCUCCCACCCCCAAACUUCACAGGAGGGAUGUAGGGGGUAAACAACUGGAAGUGGUUGGAGACAUUUCUCCUUCAUCUCCCGGCUCUUCACCACGCUCCAAGAGACACAUCACUCCUAUUCCAGUCAAAACUCCAACCGUCCCCAUCACAGCAAAAGUGUCAUCAACGUCAUCACCAUCUUCAUCGUCUCCACAGCAAUCCUCUUCCCCCAAAUCCCCAGCUGGCCUCACAGCCAGGCCCACACGCCCAGAGAGACCAAACACCCUGAUUCCCAAGGGGGAGGCCCCCCACAUGUCCCCUAGGGUGCGGAAAGCUGCAGUGCCAAAUCUCCAGAGAGAUAGGGAGUGGAAGCCUCUAAAACCCAGGGGACAACCAGCCCAUGACAAAUUUUGCACAUUAGAGCUUUGCGACGGAACACAUUCCGAGUCUGAUCAUGAUUUAGAUCAGGCUCAUGGAAGCAAGCAGGGUCAUUCAGGUCAAGGUCACACAGGUCAAGGUCGUGCAGCUCAACAGCCUCGUCACCCUAACGGUGCUCCCCCAGGAAUUCCAAAGACAGCCAUGUUGACUUUCAGUGUGCUCACCGUGCUGUCACUGGUGUAUGGGUCUUGCAGGCUGAACCCUGAAGUUGCCGUCACUGUUUACAUACCUGGUCAUAUUGUACUGGGUGAUGUUCAAGUCUUCUUUGACACCAGCAAUGGAGGUAGAGUAAUAGCAGAUUAUUGGCGUGGCAGAAACAGAAGCUCAAUACACGUUUUUGAUCUGGAUUCUGCUGCAGCCACCAAUAGAUCCACAUGUCUCCCUGCUCAGGUGUGUCCAGAGUUUGGCCCUGUCCACCUCAUUGGUUGUAAUGCAGCCACACAGAAAUGCGUGUGUCAGCGAGGUUACUCGCUCCUUCAAGGAACCUGCCAAGAUCUGGACGAGUGCAGCACAGGUAUUCACAGGUGUGGCCGCAACAGUCGUUGCAUCAACACGCAGGGAGGAUACAGGUGCAUGUGCGGGGAGGGGUUCUACAGUUUAGGAGGUACUUGUAGAGCUUGCAGUGGGUCAUGUCCGCCUGGCUUCUAUCAGAGUUCUCCGUGCUCUGACACACAAGAUAGGAAGUGUGCAGUUUGCGUACAUUGUACAAAGACUGGGUACGAAGUGAGACCUUGUGGAAGGGGAAUGAACAGAAAGUGUGUCUCCGUCUCCAACCCCUUAGGUACGCCGCCAUCUGAUGGCCGAGUAUUUGUGGAGGCGAACAACACAGGAGACUUCAGUUACCAGACCCCGCGGAACAUGUUCGUGGAAGAUCUCCUCAAGACGCACUCUCUGCAGUCCACAGUAUAUGCAACCUAUAAUAACCAGUACAGCGACUUUCUAUGGCAACGAGAGUCGGGCUUGAAGAUUAACAUAUACGUGGAUAACAUACAAAUUCUGCCAACAUUUACGGAUACAAGUCAUCUUAGUGACAACGCAUACAUGUACAAGAGUCCGCAACCAGGAGAGAAGGAAAAGUUUGCAAAUAUUGUGACAAAAUUUUGCAGGCACCCAGUUCCAGAUUUCUACAACCUCAGUCUGGAAAUCUACAGAAGUCGCACGUCUGCUGUGACGGCGGUCGUCUGCGACUCCAGCAACCCAGACAAGAUACGCUGUCCCCAGCAAUUCAAGAACGGAGAAACUUUUUACUACCGGAGUGUGAAUAAGGAUUGCCAGAGACGAGGCAUCGCCCUCAAGGAUAAACUGGCAGAGACAAACUCCAACAGCAUCCUUUGUACUGUGGAAACUCCACUGCUGACGAAGCUUUUUUCCAAGACUCUGAAGGACGACACAUUGGAGACGUUCCCACACUGGCAGUGUAGUCCCAAAGAGAUGACCUGCCAGGCUUGUCUCAGCAGCAGGGCAUGCGUCAGCAGUGGAUUGAACCAGUCUUGUUGUGCCACAGACUGCUUGAAUACAAAGGAGUGCAAGUUUGUCUACCAGCCUCUCUGUGCUAACAAAUCUGUCAUCUGUUCUACAGGUGACACUGUACAAUUCACUCUGCAUCCAAUGUUCAAUAACAUAUCCAGUCAGUUCAUGUGUCACUUACGCUACGUGCCUCCUCCUAUGUAUCUGUAUCGUGUUCGUUACCGCAUGCACAUCGACAACUUCGACACCCCAUUUUCCACAGAGCAGGAAAUUUACAACAUCACAGCCUCUAAUAUUCAUGAGCACAACAAUGGAAGUAACCACAUCGGUUUUCUUGAUGUAUCCCAUAAUACUAAGUUCCAGCUAAAAGACGAGAUGAUGAUGGUCGGUGACAUGAAUGCUGCCGCCCGCGACUACCAGCUUUCUCUACACCAGUUUAAAGAUGUUGGAGAAUUCGAUAAAGGCAAAUUCCAGGUGUUUAGCUUUUCAGACAGCAUCUUCACUACAUCGUUGACGCCUGAGCGACCCUUCCAAGUAAGCUCAGUGAGCUGGAAUAACCAGGAGGGCUGCUGGAGAAAUAUUUCCACACUCCACAAGAAGCAGAAGAUGUACAAGAAACAUGGAGUCACUGUCAACUACACUAAAAUGAACACAGACGGCACAUACAAAUAUAUCUUGUCUCCCAAAAUCUAUGGGCCAGAAAUAUCUGUCUCUAUUCCAGGGAACCGUUCUGUGUUGUACCAUUACAUGAAGCACGUACGAGCAGGGAUUAGGUUUGACGAUUCCUUUAAGACACAUCUUGAAUUAAACACUACAACCAAAAAGUGGAAUAUGUCCAUAUCUGGAUAUCUGACUGGUUGUCCUGCCUACGUGGCCAUUAUUGUCAACGACUUGACAGAAAUGGUGCAGCUCUUCAACUUGGAUACUCUUGUCGUCUGUCCUCCAAGAUUUAACUUUGCUUUUCAAUUUUCUUUUGGAGACAUUAAUAGGGAAAAAGUAUUUGAAGUUUUACUCCGAGAUUCUCAUAAAAAUUACACUGCCUAUGUCUCCUCAGUAAGUGUUAUCAAAAAUAGCGGUGUUGAAGAACAAACACCAGAUGGAGCUAGCUACAAAAUCUACCAAGACAACCCUGACCCAGUAGAAAGUGCAGCAGUUGAAAUGAAAGAAGAUGCCACUUUCAAAAAUAAUCCAGAAGAAUGGCAGCCAAUCCGCACCUUAUGUAUAGUUUUUGGAUCUUUGUCCCUUUUCUCAGUGCUCUUGCUGUUACUGAUAGAAUGUUCAAGAUCAGACAUAAUUUUUACAACUGGAGAUCAAAGUUUACGCAGAGAUUUGAGGAGACGAUUGGAAGUUUUCCGUAGGUUAGAACACCGUAAGAUUACAAGCUGCCACAAGUUGUUUAUCACAGGUUAUACAAUAUUUCGGAUAGCCUAUAGUGUUGCUUUUACAUUUACCUUAUUUAUUUUGUUACUGACCUACCUCUGUCAAAGUGACUUGGAGAUUAUAUCCAAGAUCAAAUAUUUAUCAGAAAUACAGACUAACUACAGUUGCGACAUGGCUGCAGAUAUGAAAUCUCAACGCAAUGCAGAACUUGCCAGGCAACGGGGCAGGUUUCUCGACAUGCAACGUGCAUGCGAUGAGCAUGUUGAUAGAUUAUUCACAAAAGUACAGCAGAAAAUGCUCAGCUUCCGUGACAGACAACUGAGACUAAUCUACCAAUCAGAAACAAGCAUCUGGAACAGUACACAGAUUAUUUUAGAAAAUAAACUUCAGGCGUACAGGUCUGAAUACAAUGCAAAGUUGCAGGAGUACACUUUUGAUGCCAAAGCCAAGGUGGAGUAUCUCACCACGCUCUACAACCAAGCAGCCAGGGAUGUUUACGAUAACCCCUGGUUGGAUUUUCCCAAACCCAUAUAUAAUACUUCGAGGAGUGCUUCCCCCAUCACCCUGAGCAUGGAAUGGACAGGGAUUCCAGAGGAAUAUGUGAACUUCCUGUCUUUCCUUGGUUUGGAUAACGCCCUACAGAUAGCGAUGAGGUUGCCAGAGUUGAAGAAAAGGUUAAAUGCUUUACCAAAGCCUCCAAGGACAAUGAACAUUAACAGAAAGCCAGUCCUUGCUUUAUGCAGGUCCACAGCCAUGGAGAACAACACCUUUAGGUUUGUGUUAUCUUCCAAGGAUGUUAAAGAAUCCCCUGAACUGACGGUUUUGGGGGAUGGAGAUUCCGAGAAAACAGAGGACUCGAAAAUGAUGGAUAUACUGAAUCUCCUUCAGAUUAUCUUUAUAAUGGCUGACAUUGUUAUUUUAGUUUACCGUUUCACACGAACGUACGCCACAGCACGUGCAUUGUGUCAGGGUCUAGAGGAACGGCUUCAGGAUGGAAAGUCGCGGUCGUUCUAUUUCAAUUUGUGUAACGUGUAUUGUUCUCACAACGGUGGAGUCACAGAAACCACAUAUGUUGAUUACAAGGAAGAUUCACUCGUGGCAACUCCCCAGGGUACGCCAAAAGACCCCAGGGGUGAAGAGACCAUGGACAGUCGAAAGCCCAUGCUAGAAACCCCCACCAACAAAAGUCAUCAACAGAACAACAAACAUAGCCAUAACAAUAUGAAAGCGGCAAAGUCGCAUGGAACCAAGAAAAAUAUCUUUGACUGUACAUCAUGCUUGGUGGAAACUAUAUUCAAAAUCAUUGCCAAAGUCACUUAUCAGAACUUCAUGGUGAAGUUGGUAUUUGGAGGUGUCAUUGCUCUCCUGUUAUAUUGCCUAUUAGUUACAUGUAGGCUGUAUGUGUCAUCACAGACUUUAUAUUACUUAGGACAGUAUGAGUUUUUAGAGGAAGGACUGCAGUUAGAUAUAGAUACUACAAACUCUUUGCUCAUAAAGCAUGCGCAGCACUGGAACGACUUUCUCGUUACUGCACAAAGACAGCAGAUGUUAACAAGGAUGGAAGGGCUGGCAAGGGUAAUAGGGGGCUUCAAUCAGGCACAGGCUGCCCUUGUAAGUCAAUUCAACCUGGAAUACUGUGCCUUGAGUGGUGCUAGCACCACCUGCAGGGCGCCACUGGUGCCACACUACAUCAACAUUCACCUAGCGCCCUGUCAUUAUAUGCCAAUUCAAGCACACCUACUCACAGGUUUUAACACAAGUACUCUGGUGCCACGUUUACAUGCACAGUUUACUGAAGUGUCCCUGGCAGUUCACAGCCUCUCUUUCACUAUAGUCUAUGUCGCCAUGGUUGCAGCGGGAACCAUGUUGGUCAUACACCUGCUAGGCGUAGCACUGUUUCAUUACCUCAAGACGAGACAUGUAUUUCCUGUCCAAAUUAUCUAUGAGGGUUGCACACCGCCACCUGGUGUGAAUAUAACUGUAAAUGGACCAUCGAAUUCUGAAAUUUUGGAAGAAUCUCAACAGCCCUUGGUCCCAAGACAACAUCGGGUUUCCCAGAAUGCAUCAGCCCAAUCGAGUCCAGCAGUGGAUGUAAUAAGUGGGUCAACAGAGCAUAAGUUGAAAACAAAACGACAUGCAGAAUCCAGGGUUUAAUUAGCAACGAAUUUAAGAGCUAUACUCUUGUUUGAGAAAAAUAAACCUUGAAUCAAGAACCUCAUCAGCAUUUUCGUACAUUUAUAUAUGUAUCUAUCUUAUGUGUAUUCAACUUGUAUUCAUACUGUUAGUGCAUUUUAUAAUAAUGCUCUCAUAUUGGAGAAUCUCAGUUGUAAAGCCAUGCAAGGCAUUUCAUUUUUGCAAUUUUUUGUCACAUGUUUUGUAAAGUUUCAUCUGACAAUUGAAUCUUCUUUUCCAAAAUUAACAAUUAUUGUUUGGUAGGUAGGGUGUACCAGCUUGUCAAAGGCUCUUUUUACAUUGUGGGGUAUAAUAUUUAUCCUGUAUUGCAAUAUUUUGACUGGUCUUUAUAAUUAUGUAAUUAACGUAGGGGGAGGGGAUCUCCAUUUGAUAAGUCUGUUUGUUGUUAUUGGACCAAUCAAAAUUAAUCCAGUUUGCUGGCCAUCUCAUCUCAUGUAAAAGUCGGGUUAUUUAGUUGGCAAUCUCUCAAACCAUUGCAAUACAGACAGGUAUACUGCUACACCAUGUGAAAAGAGCCUUAUAGAAAUUAAUAAAAUCUCCUGAAACCCAAAUUACUGUUUAGAACUUUUCUUUGUAGGAGAUAUUUUUUUAAUUAAAUUAAGGUCUUUUACAUCUUGUUUUAUGCUUUUUGAUAAUUAGAAUUUACUUUCCUUGCAAUUAUAGUAAUGCAGUAUUAAUAAAUGGAUGUAUUAUUCAAAAGACAGUGUUUUAAUUGGUGUAAAAGCCAAUGCAAGGGAAGAGUUACUUUAAGGACUAUUUCCCAUUAUUUUAGACACACUGGUUGUGACUGUUGUAUUUCAUACUGAGAAAUAUUUAUCUUUUAUUUCAACAUUCCAGUAAUUUUAAGCUCCAAUCAUUGUCUCUGAUGGGAUAUAACAUAACUCUUUUUAUUGGGACAUGGAACAACAUGUUUAUACUAUAGGGAAGGGGCAAUUUAGGUUUCAAUUUCAAAUGUUUUGUCACAAUUUUUGUGGCCUAGCAGUAAUGUUACUGCUGUUUUUUUUUUUUUUUAAUACAUAAUUGUAGUUGCAGCAUAUUUUUAGUACUGUCUUAGGAAAAUUGAUCCUGUUGUUCAUGCUAAUUUUACUUAACCUCUUAUAAAGGUCUCUAUUUAAUACACUCCAUAUUUUGUUAAUCAUUUUCUUGUAAGUCUUCAAUAAACAACAACAGAGCACAAUUUAUUUAUAGGCUGUGUUAAGAAGAGUCAAGAUACAGGAGAAAAAAACAUGCCAUGUUAUUACUAGUUUAGGUUCUUUUUCUGCCAAAAGCAAUUUUUUUAACUGGAUGAAGUGCAUUUUCAAGUGCAAAUCAACUCUUUGCCAUGUACAAUUCUGCUGAUGCCAGGGAUGCUGUAAAUCACAUUACGGAAAUCAUGUUAUAAUAACAAGUAGAGACCUCAAUUUUUUAAAUUUUUUUACUCUCCUAUUUCUUUAAAUCUUAGUUCUGCUUAAGUUGUUAUAGACAGACCUCGGAGAAUAUAUUGUAAGACGCAUUUGUACAGGUACCACAGACUGUCCUGUGGAAUUAAAAAUGUGAGACGUUAAUUAUGUGUACACUUCUUUGACAGUUCUAUGUCAAACUAUUGCUUACCAUCAAUUAUGUAACAAUUUAUGUAACAUGUUAAAUUUGGUAGUCUUCUAUGGAUAUUAUGUACCAAGUAGACAUGCUUUAUUUGCAGUUAUCAUUUGCCUCUCAUCAAAGUAGAGAAAGCUUUAAAAUUCUGAAUGUCCCCACAAUUGUAUUUAUAUCUCACCUAAAGUGAUAUCUUGAUUUAAUAAAGUUGAAUUUAUUUAACAUGAAAGUCAGUGAAAACUGUUCACUUUGCACUGACAAGGAGAUAUUGAGGUCAUUGCACAGUCACCUCUAUUCAGGCCAAGGUCAGAUACAAGGUCAUUUUAAAAGGCCAUAGACAUGUUUUUGAAAAAUUGAGAAAAUUACUGUUUCUGCAUCAUUUUUCUGUUUAGGAAAAGGUUGUAUUUGUACUUAAUAAGUUGUCACGUUUGUAUAGUCAUCGUCUUUUUACAGCAUGUUGUAGUAUAUUGUAGAAUAUAAAGCCAAAAUGUUGAAUGUGAAUAAAAGUCACAGAAAUUUGU